CAAAACAAUUUGUGAAAACUUGUUUGUUUCGAUUUUCCAUGUGAAACUUUUUUUGUUGCCACACGUUUCCUUACCAAUUUACGAAAUGAUACAAGAACCGCAAUCCAAAUUCGUCGACUUAAUCCGCACAAUCGACGACGACCAGGAAAUCGAAGACUUCUCUGAAGAAUCCGAUGCGGAAAUUGAGUUUCAACCUUCCAAACAGAAAAACAAACGCAAAGCAGACUUCGACACCGACUUUCAAUUCGUUAGUUCGGUCGAAGAGUACAACAAAGACUCCUGGAAUGAUUUAACCAAAUACGUGAAACGCAAAGCCAAGACAAAAACUGACGACAAAAUUAAGAAAUUCUUACAAAAGGAUGACGAAAACGUGCACGAAACAGUGGAGCCGGAGUCGGACGUGUCACUCUCUGACGACGAGCUUAAGCACGACAGAAUAAAAAUCAAAGAAAAGAAGAAGAAAAAGGGUCCUGUGCAAGACGAUAGUGAAGAGUUUUUCGAACACGUGGACGUUGAAACGGAACAUGCUAGUUUCUAUCAAAUGAAUUUGUCAAGGCCGUUGCUCAAAGCGAUAGGAGAGAUGAAAUUUGUGCACCCGACUCCCAUUCAAGCGUCCACGAUUCCAGUGGCGUUACUGGGGCGGGAUAUUUGCGGGUGCGCCGCCACCGGUACUGGUAAAACAGCGGCGUACAUGCUACCUACGUUAGAACGACUUUUAUACAGACCAGCUGAUGGUACUACAGUAACACGAGUUCUGGUUCUAGUCCCCACUAGAGAACUGGGUGUUCAAGUCUACCAAGUCACUAAACAAUUAUCUCAGUUUACGGAUAUUCAAAUCGGGCUUGCCGUGGGUGGACUGGAUCUUAAAGCCCAAGAAACUGUAUUGCGCAAAAACCCCGAUAUUGUUAUAGCGACUCCUGGUCGCUUAAUCGACCAUUUGAAGAGUACCCCAACGUUCGGGCUGGACUCGAUCGAAGUAUUAAUUUUAGAUGAGGCAGACCGAAUGCUCGACGAAUAUUUUGCAGAGCAGAUGAAAGAAAUCAUCAAGCAGUGUGCGAGAACGCGUCAAACUAUGCUUUUCUCAGCCACGAUGACUGAAGAAGUCGAAAGUCUAGCUGCCGUUUCGCUCAGUAAACCGGUCCGGCUGUUCGUUGACAGUAAUCGAGAGGUGGCUUUCAAUCUGCGGCAAGAGUUCGUACGAAUUAGGGCUGACAAAGAUGGUGACAGGGAAGCGAUUUUGGCCGCUCUUGUAUGUCGGACGUUUCGUGAACACUGCAUGGUGUUUGUACAAACGAAAAAGCAAGCACAUAGACUACACAUACUUUUGGGGCUUCUGGGGCUAAAAGUGGGCGAGCUUCACGGGAACUUGACUCAACCACAACGUUUAGACGCUCUACAAAAAUUUAAAGAUAAAAACGUAGACGUACUGGUUGCGACGGACGUGGCAGCACGCGGUCUGGACAUACAGGGUGUUCAAACUGUAAUCAAUUUCGUUAUGCCCGCCACUAUCGAACACUACAUUCAUCGAGUAGGGAGAACCGCUAGGGCGGGACGUGCAGGGGUUUCCGUAAGCCUGGCCGGCGAACAAGAACGGAAAAUUGUCAAAGAGGUAAUAAAAAGGGCGAAAAACCCAGUCAAAAGUAGAGUGAUCCCUCCAGACAUCGUCGACAAGUACCGACAAAAACUCGAGAAACUCGAACCUCAGAUCACCCAAAUUCUUCAAGAGGAGUAUGAAGAGAGACAACUGGCGAAAGUCGAGAAUCAAGCUAAUAAAAUGGAGAAAAUCCUCAAAGGGGAAAAGAGUGAAGAACGGCCAUGGUUCCAAACGAAGAAACAACGGAAAGAUGAGAAGGAACGUCUCUCGCUGAAGGAUAAAACCGACAAAAGCAAGCCCGAGAAAACGAAGAAGAAGAAAAACGCGAAGGAGAGUCCUGAAGAGCGCGCAAAGAGUGAAGUUGGCAAAGUCGCGCUGCUGCAGGCCAAGCUCGCGAAAAAGAAGCACAAAAUGAAGAAGAUAAAUGCGGUGGUGGAAGACACGGUCCGGAAGGCCGGACCGAAGAGGAAGAAGACGAAUUUCGGCGAUGAUCUGUGGAAUACGAAGAAUGCGAAGAGGUUGCGUCACGAAGCGAAGAAGGGGAAGCAGAAGGGUAAGACGUUCGGGAGGCCACAACAGAAGAAAAGGCGUUGAAAAUAAAGAGUCUGAUUGUUGAAAUGUUUAUUUGAAAUUGAAAUUAUAACAUUUUUUAUGAUUUA